AUGCGCCUUCCAGCCAUCCCGAUACUCUCUCUCCUCAUCACCGCCAUCGAUGCACACGGCCGAAUAACUACAAUAACAACUUCCACCGGCACCAUUUACCCAGGCUGGGACCCCGCGUCCUCCUCCAACCUAACACCCCCUUACCCCCUCGCCGCAUGGUCCGCCUCAAACCUCGGGAACAUCUACAUCCCCCCCUCCCAAUUCAGCACCUCAAACAUCGCCUGCCACUACAACGCCGUACCUGGAGCUCUCCACGUUCCCGUAACAGCUGGCGAAGAGCUAAAACUUCAAUGGAACGAAUGGCCAACGUCGCAUGUGGGACCUGUCAUGACGUAUCUAGCGGAGUGCCAGGGUAGUUGCGCUGACGUAACGGGAGAGGAGUUGCAAUGGGUGAAGAUGGAUGAACUGGGGUGGCUGAACAGUACAGGCUGGGAUGAAUUGGACCUAGGUGGAACGUGGGCGGCGGAUAUGCUCAUCGCGAAUGGGUUUUCGUGGGUGGUGAAGAUACCAGAUGUACUUGCUGAGGGAGACUAUGUUUUAAGACAUGAGAUUAUCGCGCUGCAUGUAGCGGAGAAAUUGGAUGGUGCACAGGCAUAUCCGCAGUGUGUGAAUUUGCGGGUUGCGACAAGUGGGAGGAAUAGGGAGGCAAGGAAACUGGGUGGUGGGGUGAAGGGGAGGGAGUUGUAUGGGAUGAGGGAUAAGGGGAUAUUGGUGGAUGUACAUCGGAAGAUUGAGGGUUAUGAAAUACCGGGGCCCAAGGUAUGGGAGUAUGCGACGACGGUAGGGCAGCCUUAUCAAUAG